GCGCUGUAUCCACUAUUUACAUUGCGAACUCUGAGGCCUACUAACCUAUUAUAAACAUGUAUGAUGUAGCGACUGUUUUGACAUUACGGGAAUGAAAAUAGUAAGGACAUGGACAGUCAGAAUGUUGGAGCUGGAUCCAGCUUAAAGAGGAAAGGCUCCAUAUCUGAUGAGGAAAAUCAUUUGGAAAACAAAAGAAAACUUAGGCGGGAAGGUGAAAAGUUAAGAAGAGAGAGGUUGAACAGAACCCUUAGCUUGCUAGCAGAAGAGGUACCAUGGUUAAAGAGAUGUGAACGCCGGCCAGACAAAAGCAGUAUACUCAAGCUGACAGUCAACUACCUUAAGUUGAAUAUUGGAAUCAAGAAAAGGAACCUUAAUUUUGUCCUUCCCACUUUUCUUAAAGACACAGUCACUGAGGAUUUCCUGGGAUUGGUAGCAUGUGGAUCUUUGCUCAUCAUCUCAGAGUCUGGUACAAUCCUAUAUAUGUCAGAGUCUCUAACACAACGAUUAGGGUGGCUACAGAUUGAUGUGCUUGGGAGCUCCAUCAACAAGAUGAUUCAUAAGGAUGAUGUAGAACUGUUGAAGAUACAGUUCAAAUGGCUGAUUAAUUUCCAUUACACAACACAGACCAGUACAGAAGAUAGUAAAUCAUAUAUACCAGUGAACAUGUCCAGAAAGGUGAACAGGUCAUUCUUUUUGAGAAUGCUGAACCUUCAGCAUGGAUCCGGGACUGCACCCCAUUAUGAUGAAAUGAAAAUUGUCGGCCAUCUUCAUUAUCAUACACAGGACAAAAAGAAAGUUAGAUCGGUUUUAAAUGAGAGUUGGUUGGUCGGAGUUUGUCGCCCAGUUGCUCAACAAAAUUUAAUCAACAUGCAGACUUACGAAGACAACAACAGUCCGGAGUGGAUAUCCCAGCAUGCAAUGGAUGGGAAACUCUGGUAUCAGGACCACAGAGUAUCCUUAGUAACUGGAUUAAUGCCAAAAGAAAAUAUCGGGAAGUCUGUGUAUGACCUAGUCAGGAAGGAGGACUUGAGGGACAUUGCCUGCAGUCAUAUGAAAAUCAUGACAGAUGAUGAGAUCCCAUGCACAGUGUUUCGAAUGGACUCGCUUGAUUGGCACAGGAGUGUUAAGUACAUCAAGGCCCGUUCAGUGAUUGUCAAGGACGCAUGGACUAAGAAAAACCUCUUCAUUGUGAGCCUUAAUCAACAUAUCAGUGAUGAAGAGGGGGAAGCAUUGCUCAUUGAACAGCAAAGGAGAGUGCAAGCUCUAAUAGCUGCUACGAAAGGUCUGACCCUUCAAGAGCAGAACUUUGAAGAGAGCAGUGAGGUACUGUCCAUAGCAUCAGGCAGUAGUCAGCCAGAAUCCCCUGUUGGGGCUGAACUCCCAUCCAUUUGUAGCUCAGCGUCACGGCAUAGUGUUGACAGUUGGAGUGACGGUGACUCCGCCCCUUCAGGGUUACCAGUGACAGAUAAAAGUCUGUCCAAAGACAAGGACACCAAAAAGAGAGACUCUCUGCCUUUGUUGAAAAGUCUCUUAAUUGGACCAAACUGUGAAAAAGGAACUGUGAAUAAAUUGGAAACUCUAGAGUGUAGGUCACAGGAAAGUGUGUUGCCUAAACAUAAACAGAGUGGAGAUCAAGAUUCAAAUGUGGGUAAAUCCAGUUUUUCAGGGGAAUUUUCUGGUGAGUCGACAGGAGAUUCUGGUAUUGUUAGUGGGUUCGAGAGGCAAGAUGUGCCAUAUAUAAGUAUUGUUGACGUUGAUCUUCUUGACGAGAAUAAUGCAUUGCAACAGUCUGAUGGAAUAUCUAGCCCCGAAUCAUUUCUAGAAGAAAAUAACUCUGCUGUAGACAAGGAGUAUUUCGAGAAUCAGAUUUCUCAUUUUUUCCCAAAUGUUUCAUCAGGAGGUGUGCUAAACAGUGACUCAAAGCAGUGUGGAGUAGAUUGUAGUGAUAAAGAUCUACCCAGUGUCUCAGAUAGCAGUAAUUCUAUUAUAAAAACAACUUUUAAAAGUGAUAAUGACAGAAUAGGGAUAUUACAGGGAAUCUUGAAUUCAACAACUUCAUUAUUAUUGGAGAAAACACCAAUAAAAGAUAUCCAAAAAGUCCAAUCUCCUACCAUUUCCUCUCAAAUCUCACCUCAAACAGAUAAUGCAUGUGUUCAAGAUUCAAGUGAAGUCAAGGUGGAGUCAAGAUUUUAUCAGCAGCUGCAAAAGAAACACGACAACUUGGAGAGAAGUCUCCAUUCACAGAAUCAGGAACUGACUGUCCUCAAGAGGAACCUGCGCGACAAUCAACAUUAUCCUCAUUUUGUAGAAAAACUAAAAAACCUACAGAGAGAAAUUCAGGAACAGUGCAAGCUUCUAAAAAUCAUUGAAAGUGAAAUGAGAAAAAUUUCAACACCCUGACUACCAAAACGUUUAGCAAUUGUUUCUAUAUUGAAUCAUUUGUGGAGGAAUUUCUAACAGGGUUAGAAAAAAUUCUGAUAAAAUUGACUGUCUGUGAACCCCACAGAACUAGUGAUGCUGACCGAUACAACGAAACAGAAACCGUCAAGAAAAUAUGAGAUACAUGUAUUUGCAACCAAUAUUGCAAAUUUCCAUAUUUGUUUAGGGAGAGCAGGGUCUCUUCAUUGUUUUUACAUUCCUGAGUUUAAAAGGCCUUGAGGAAGAAACGUCUUCUCCAGUAGUUUUUGUUGUGUGGUUGAGAUUUUUGGUAAGUGGGUUGGAUGUUGUCAUCUCUUUGAAACUAUAGUUAUAUAUGUAGUUCAGUCCUUGUGGAUGUCAAUGUGCAAUGUACCUCACAAAAUCAAUUUUGAAGUUGUUUUGUAAUUUUAAUGAUGAAGUAUAUUGAGGUGAUUUAAUUGCUGUGAUAAAAGUGGCUAUUUACAUGUUUACUCAAAUAGCCCUCUUUGUAAAUUUUGCAUUUUCCAUUUAUUUUUUUUUUAAUUUUCAACUACUGUAGAGUUCAAUUAUUAAAGUUUUAAUAGAACGCAUUAGGUUGGUCACUUUAGUGUCAGCGUGAUUACCUGGGACCUUGUAUAUAUCAAGGUUUUCUUGAGAAGCAUAUCAGUUUCAAAAAUAGGAAGAAAAUCUUCUGAGUUUUGGUGUACAUGAGUAUUCAAUUCGCAAUUAUUUUAACUAAAAAUACCAAAAUUUCCCAGUCAUUUUGAAGGGAUAGAAUUAUUCAAACAAUUAUCAGAAAUAGUCUUAACCUAAAUAAUCAAAAAGUUUAAUUGAAUAUACCGAACUGCACUGAAGUACUGGAAGUCAUAAAUUAAACUAUUUGAUCGGUUGCAACCAGAAAGGAUUAAAUUUUAAUUACUAAAGUUUGAUAUUUCUAUAAGCUUGGUGCAUAGAGUCUGAAUUUUUGAAGUAAAUUCCAUUGAUAGAAUUAAGAGGGUCAUUCUUAAUCUUAAGUAAAUUCAUACAAUAACAUCUUCUUAGUCAAGGGUUUUCGGUCCACUUUGGGGAGCAAAGUGGACCGAAAACCCUUGGCUAGCGAAGAUGUACAAUAAUUGGCACAAAAAUAACUUGUAUAUCUGUAGUUUUACUUUUUGUCUUUAAAAGAAUGUCAAAUGAUUAAAAAUAAGGUUUUCCAACAUAUGUUGUUCGUACGUGUAUAUAUAAUAGUUGUAAAUUCCAUACAUUGUAUAGAAAUUACUCUAAUUAUUGCUCAAUAGAUAUAAAUUCCACUUUUUCAUAAUUUUAAUAUGCAAUACCAGUACAUUUAUUGAUCUUAUUUCCUAACUGAAGAAAAUAGUUUAGAAAAAUUUAUUUCCCUAUCUCGUAUUUACAGGCAGUCAACAAUGAUAAUUAUAAACUAUAUUGUCCAUAUCAUAACGAGGGGAAUAAAAGGGGGGUUAAUUUACUCAUAUUUGGGGGGAAAUACUAGCUGUGAUAUUAGAACUUAGAACUGUAGUCAGAAAAAUAAUGCUCCAGAAGAAAAUAAUAUAAUACACUUUACUGGAAUUCCUUCUAUGGGCAACAGCUCUUGUUAAUAUCGUUACAGUAUGAUUAUACCGUGAAUUUUUUUUAAAGAAACGUGCAUGUGUCCAAAUUACAAAAAGAAAAGUUGUAAAUUUAUUUGUCUAUUAAAUGUUUGUUAAUAGAAAUGAGUCAUUAGGUAGAGUCAGAGUUAUAUUUGAGAUGAUUUAUUAUGAACAUGUAUUUUGAGUGUUGAAUGAAUUUGUGCAUGAUUACCAUCAGCUCAAGCCAAUGAUGAUCUAGAGUAUAAUCUGUAGUGCAUACAGAUAUAGCUCUCGAUACAUUUUGCCUUUUGUAUUCCUAUGAUGCAUAAUUGAUUUCUCCUUGAUGGUUAAAUUAUUGAUACUGUAUUUAAAAGAAUUGACACUGAGUAUUCAUUAUGACUGCUUACAAUUUCAAUGCACAUUUUCAAGUGUGUAUAAUUGUCUUUCUCUUAAAAAAAUGAAAAGAAAUCCAGUCAUUAAAUUAUGGCUUUAAUUAACAAAAUCGUGAUUGUCAGUUAGUCAUUUGGGAGACCAUAAUGUUGUAGCUAAUUGUAUUGUAUUGAUUGCAUGCGCAUCCUGGCAUCAAGUUUACUUUGAGUGUGUGUACAAUGUCUUGCUAUUCUUUUUGUAGUUUAUGACUAUUGUUUUUAUAAUCACCAUGCAUACAACGAAAAGCAAAAUAAUAGCCAAUAAAUAUUACUUUUGAUAUACAUGUAUAACUUGUUACAGUAAAAUGUCAACAUAUUUUUAUGUGAUAUAAUUUUUUUUUAAAAAGUAGAGAGAAUUUAUAAUCUUAUUUCCUGUUUGUGCAUUCCAAAACCAAUUUUCUGACUUAGACAUUUUGAUAGGUUUAAUUUUUUGGAGUUCAAUGAACAUGACUAAGACUAGUCUUGUUGACAAUUAAUUGCUGCUCAAUGUACAUAAAAUAAAUAUAUCCUGUGUUAUCUUCCCACAUAAUGCUAUAUGGCAUCUACAAAACAAAGGCCAUUGCACCCACACUUUUCUAAUGAAUUUCAGAGAUAAAUAUUUACAUGUGUACAUCUGAGGCACAAUAUUAUUAAUAAUAAUUAGACUCUUGUUGCAAAAGCAAUAAAAAGGUCUUCCAUUCUUAUAUACAUGUAAUAAUUUAAUUGUAAUACAUUGCUUUUUUCACACAGAAAAAAAAAUAAAUGAUAUGAAAAUUGCUGUAAAGGAAUUUCCAGACGAGACUGAAAAAAAUAAAUAAAUCGAAGUACGGUACUUUCUGUUACAUCCGGAAGUUAAACCAAUUCAAACAAAACAUAAUAAACAUUUCCACAAACAUAAGUCUAUCUUUCCUCUAAGUUUGGUUGUUUAAGUCUCUGCCCAAUCUGAGAUCUCGUUGAGACAGUGUUUUUUGUCUCGGUACCAGAAAUGAAUGAACUGAAGUGCUUACUGAAAAUGAAAGCCAGUAUUUCUUGUACAUUUGCCUAAUGUACAUCAUUGUUUAUUAAGCUAAAUGAAACAGCCAGGAAAAUAACUUAAACUUGUUAAAACAUGAUUUGUUGAAACCCAUCAGGAAAGGAAUGGAAGAGACGGUCGACAAAAUGAUACCCGUUAACACAUCUUUAUUUAAAUGUCUAUCAUCCAUGUAAGCUUUGCGUCUUGGGCACUUACAGAUCUCGCAGGUACAAAAUUUGUUUAAAAGAGAGCUACCUGAGAUAUUUGAGAUAUCUCACCGGAAGUAGAAUUUGUUUGCUGAUUUAACAGUGUAUAGAUGACAUAUAUAAGAUUUAUGCUGAUUUAUUCAUUCUCUGAAGUACUUCUGAUGAUGACCGGAAGUUAUCGAUGACGAUCGAAUCAAACAAAAUAGUGUAAACACAUGUAAAAACACAGGUCUAUCAUCCCAUAAAGAUUGGUUGAUAAGUCUUUACUGUUUUUGAGAUCUCGUGGAGACUAGGUUUAUUGUCUAGGAACAGGAAACGGACAAACAAAAGUGCUUAAUGAAACCCAAAGUUAGUAUUUCUUGUAUAUUUGCCAAUCAAACAUUACUGUUUAUCAAGCUAACUAAAACUAUCAAAGAAAAUCAGUUAUUCUUAUUGAAAAACUUGAUUGUUUGAACCCAUCUGGUGUCGGACUGAAAGUGACCAUUGAUAAAAUAAGAACCUGUUAAAUUCAUCUUCUAUGAAAUCCAUGUAAGUUUCGUGUCUUGAUCACUUAUGGUUUUUGAGAUCUCAUGGGUAGAAAAUUUAGUUAAAACAGGCUGCCUGAGAUAAUUUAGAUAUCUCUUCGGAAAAAGAAUUUUUUUUUUUUACGUUGCAUAGAUGACAUAUGUAGGGAUUUAUACUAGUAUAUUCAUUCUAUGUAAAAUAAAUUAAAUACGUUAAAAAAAAAAUAUUUGAAGUACUUCUGGUGACAACUGGAAGUGAUGACAAACAAAACAAAAUAGUAAAUUAAACACAUCUACAAGUAAAGGUCUAUCAUUUCACAAAGUUUGGAUGUUCAAGUCUUAAACUGUUUCUGAGAUCUCAACGUGACAAGCUUUUUGUCGCGGGACAGAGAACAGAGAAACAGAAAUAAUUAAAUUUUCUAUCAUCCCUGAAAGUUUCAAGAAAAUUUCUCAAGUCAUCUCUGAGAUAUUCUGCGGACAAAAAAAAGGGGGGGGGGGAUAAUGAUAAUAAUAAGAAACAGAAAAACUACAAUCACCAUAAGGAAAUGGAAGACCUUAAUUCUAUAAGCAACAUUCAGUGUUUGUGAACAUGUAAAUUUUAAUUCUGAAAUUGCAUAUACAUGUACUAUCAGGGAGUGCAAAUAUAUCAAAUAAAUGGAUGAAAAAUAUAUCUAUCAACUCUUCUAAAAGACUAAAUGGCUGACUCUGAUCGAAAUGACAUUUUUCUUUAUUAAAAGGAUUUUAUCGACGGCAAUAUAUAACUCACUCCAUAGCCAAGUGGAUUAAAGGUCAGGCUUGUGAUCAGUACAACCCGAAUUCGAAUCCCGCAGGGACUUUUGUUGUUACUUACUGAAUUGAAAUUUUUAAAUAUUUAUUUUUUUAUCCCCAAACUGCAAAUUUGUCCCUUAAUUUGACAUAUGUACACUUUAUCAUUCAAAUUAUAUCUUUCAUAAUCAAAUAAUUUACUGUUAAAUUGAGUGACUUUUUCCAGGUGUGUUAAGGAAAAUAUACGUUUGAUACAAUUAAAGUGUUGCUUCUGAAAGCCCAUGUUUCGAUCAGUAUAUGUAGAAAACAAUAUAUUGCAAUAUUAAUGGAAGCUAUUCGUUUUUGUAUUGUUUAAGCAUAGAAUAAAUGAUUACAGGUUUUUAUUCACUGUAUUUUAUGGACAUAUUAAACAAACAAUUAAGAAAAUAUAUACACUUCAUUCUACAAAAUGAGUACUGAGUUAAGUUAUAAGUCAUGUCAUGUUCUACUUGUGAUCUUCAGAAACCCAAAUUAAGACAGCGAUUGAUCCUGUGCAGCUUUUCAUUAUUUAUUGAUUUAUGAUUGUAUAUAUAAUAUGUAAUAUAUAGUUUAAUUUGGUCAGUAUUGUGUAUUUUUUUUUAAAAAUUGUUGUUUGACUGUUACAAUGGCAGCUGUUGUAUAAAUGUUGUUAAAAUGUAUUCCAACUUGACAAUUAAACUACUUUCAAUUGAUAAAAAGAGAAAAAUUUAAAUACUACCAAUAGAAGUCAAUUGCAUAUGGUAAAAAUUAAUGGCAAUGCAAUUUAAAUACAGAAAAUGUAUAACAAUUUUUAAUGUACAUACUUUGGAUAUCAUAAAGUCCACUGUAAUGGUAUAUGUGUUAUAUUUAAGAUUGAUAUACUAUAUUCAUGUAGUAUGUAUUUUACUCAGUAUGGAAGGUCAAAUUUCACUGGCUAUUAAUUGUAUUUUUACAGAGUGAAGUUCUGACAGAGAUCAUGUGAUCUGGGGGUCAGAGGUUAUGGGAGAAGAAAUGUAUGAUUUGCUUUUUUCUAAAGUUAUGUGUACAGUGUUAAUGGCUCUUUAAUGGACAUGCAGAGAUCAUGAAACACAUUACCAAAAUUAUAAGUGUGCUUGCAUGUAGAACACAGCAUGUUUUUUUGUUUUGAAAUUUAAGUUUAGAUGGAUCAUAGUUAUAAUUUGACAGCUUAAUAUAUUUAAUGCUCAGUAAAAAAGAAUUUGAAUCAUAAGAUUGCUCAAGUUCAGCCUAACUAGCAUUUUAAUAGUAUCAAUUUUCUUGUAUUCCUCUCUUCCCAUCUGCUUAGGCUCUAUAUUGUAGUUCAUGUGAUGUUGAAGAUGAAUCUUGUAGCCAUAGAAUUUGCAAUGUUUCUAUAUGUAUAUUAACAAUCAUGAUAUUAUUACCUAUAUAAUUGCCAUUUUAUGGAGAAGUUUAUAUAUGACUUCUUCAACAAACUAAAUCAUUAUACUGGUUAGAAUUUUGUUUUAGAUGAACACCUGCUCAUUCCAAUCCAUGUGUUGUUGAUACUUUGGACAUUAAAUUGCUAUAUAUUGACACAUAAUUAUAUAAUUAUUUAUCAAAUACAUGUUAUGAAGUAAUGGCUGGAAUAGGCCAAUCAUAUUUUGUUAUGUAUUACAUUGUGGAAUAAAUAUUUAUGAAUUGUUGACA